AUGGACGAAACUGUUUCAUAUCAUUUUGCUAGCGUUAAGCAGAGAAGACAAAAUCGACAUGAAAUUGAAUACCAACUGACUUUGAGACAGCAGCCAAAGCAAUCGCGCAUGUGUGGUGUCGGUGAAAAAGCCGACAGAAGGCCGAUUGACCCACCACCUAUUGUCCAGUUAAAAGUAAUUGACAAUAAGUUACCUCCUUCCGAGAGAAAUACGUAUUUGCAAAAUCCAUAUUAUUUUAUGUAUGCUUCGUUAAUGGCCGCUGAUUUGGAUGAAGAAUUGCAUCUUUUAAAAGACGGUAAAACACGAAGUACCACGGGUUCAGUCGUUUCUUCCUUAUACCACCUGAAAGAUAUCGAUAAUACGGAUGCUGGUUUCUUUGUAUUUCCAGAUCUUUCAGUGAGAAUGGAAGGAAGUUAUAGAUUGAAGUUGAGCUUGUUCGAGAUCAUCGGCAAAGACGUUUUUCAUUGCAGAUCAAUCAUCUCAAACAAGUUUUUCGUAUAUUCUGCAAAAAAAUUUCCUGGUAUGGAAGAAUCGACCUUUUUAUCGAGAUCAUUUGCAGACCAAGGUUUAAAGAUUCGAAUUCGAAAGGAACUGCGGCAAAGAAGAAAACUGAACAGAAUCACAGCAGAUUCAGAAGACAACUAUUUGAACGAUCCGGAUGCAACAGGGAAAAGACCCAAGACAGUAAUUGACGAUAAUUCAAUUCCCACUACACCAACUGCUCCCUCAGCAGCAGCAGCUUCAACACAAAUCAGGUUGGAUGUGUUACCUAACCCAGCCAAGUACAUCAAUUACAAUCCUAGACCACAACAGCAACAGCAAAUAUGGGCAGCAGCUAAUACACAUCAGCAAACACAACGAUUUUAUCAUCCUCAACCUGAGCCUAGAAGCAUGGGUAUCAAUGACAGUAAACCCAUGAUUACGGAUCGACGACAUUCGCAAGUUGCACAAUUAGUGCAACCGCCACCGCCACAACAACCACAAACAUCACAACCAACACAACAACCUUACCCAUCGUCUAUACCAACAAGCACACCAUCUGCUCCAUCUUCUCACGCUAAAGUUGCUUUCAAUACACCGAAUACUAGUCACCAUCAAUCAUCAAACAAUCACUUACUCUAUUCUUAUUCAAACUAUUCACCCUCUUCAUCCUUAUCCUCUUUACCGCCUAUAUCUUCUUCGGCGGCGCCCUCCUCAUCAUCUUAUCAACAAAACGCUUUAACUCUGUCAACUAGAACACCAGCCCUUCCGCACUUGCCUGCGACUAUUCAACGACAGCAACAGUUGCAACAGCAACAGCAACAAUAUCAGCGAGAAUAUUAG